AUGAUGCGAAAAUGGAUAAUUCAAGGAAACUUGAUCAAACAUUUCUCAAGGGAAUGCGCAGAAGAUCCGCUUGUAAAUAGCAUUAAACUAAUAAUAUUGAGGCAUGAUUAUAGUACAAAUAAGGUUGGUAUUUCUGUGAAGGAACAAGUACCGAGAGAACAGAAUGAUGAGAACAAUAAGAGAGCCCAAUUCUAUGAUGAAAGUUUUAGAUUUCUAACUGGUACUCCUAUGCAUAUAACCAAUCGACGACUGACAUCUGAUCUUGAAAAUAUUUCAUUUAUUUGCAAGAGCAGUCCCUCUUUUAUAUCAGAAGAAGAAUACACACGAAUAUACAGGAUAAUUCAAGAUCCUGGCAGUUCUGAAUAUCUGGUGAGUUCUUCCAUCCUAUCCAUCUCAAAUCACAAACAUAAGCUAAUACCAUUACCAAAGCUGUUAUCGAUGAUACAUAUAUUAAGUGAAAAUGGAUACUUGAAUGAAAUUCAUAUGUUAUUUGGUAAUUGUAAGGCACACCUUUCCAUACUAAAGUCAGACCAACCUGAAGAUUUGUAUAGGCAAUUUUUGGAAUUAAUGUUGGACGUUGAAUAUAAGCUUUUAAAUUUUCAUUCAAUUGAGAAAAUAUUCUCAGAAUACAUCAAAAUGCCGAACAUCAAAGCAAAAUAUAUGACAUACGGAUUGAGGGCAUUUAUUGAAAACAAUGACUUUCAGCUUGCUAAAGCAUUUUUUUUUCAAGCACUAACCCAUUCAGAUAAUUUUCCUAUGACACCAAAAGAACUGCAUUCUUUUUUAAGCGGAAUAUCCGAUCAUAAUGAUUUGACAAACACAUUACUGAUAUUUUACUCAUGGAUAUCUGCUAAAUGUAAGCAAUUGGACGACAAUCCUAAUUUUCCAUUACCAGAAACAAUGCAAUUAAUACAUAGAAUGAUACUACUUUUCCAAGAUCGAGUCCAAUUGACGCAAUUUUGUUCCAACGUUGUGGUGAAACAAUCAGGCUACCUGGAUAGUGUUGACUAUAAGUUAACAGUAUAUUUCGAUAAAGUGCGGAAAGUUCUAGCAGAUACUGGCCCACCAAAUAAGGACAGACCAGAAAUAUUCAAAGGAAUUCAACAAUAUAUUGAUCUUCUGGACGGCAUGACCGAUAAAAGAGAACUCUUCUUCAAGAGACUUCUUUGCAUCUGUACUGACUCGCAUGAUUUGGAUAAAUUUAUGGAAAUUGUUGCCCUAAUAGAGGCUGACAAAGAAGUAGAUAUGGAAAUAUUUGUAAAAGAUAUGGUCGGUAAAAUUAUUGCUAGGAAGCGUCGGUUUGGUACUGCAUUAAAAUAUUAUGAAGAUCUUGUGCUUAAUGGAAUAGAAGGUAAAAAAUUUCCCAUCAAACAUGAGUAUUUAAGUUCACUUUGGAUUGCAAUUGUAUCUGAUUACCCAACUUUAGCGGAGCCCAUUAAGCAGGAACUGUUUCUUACAUUAAAUACGGACAAAUAUAAGAGAGCGUAUCCAUGGCUAAAAUAUUUUUUACAAGAAGUAUCUCAGCUGAAAGAAUGGAAACUUCUUGGCGGUGUAAGUUGGAAUGUUCUACAUCUUCGGAUAUCAGAAUACGAUAAACUCAAAGAGCUAGAUAAGUUCAUAAAAAGCGCUGACUGUCUAGAGAUUGAACACAUAAUUCAACAGACACUGCGUGACGGUUUGGUGCCAAACUUCCAUUUCAACUAUUCACUUAUCAAACUACUUUUGAAAGGGUCGUUAGUCAGCUCUGCUAAGACAAUUGAUGACACGAUGCGUAAGAAUUACUACUCGAUACCUGAAAAGUUGAAUAUCUUGUGGCUCAGAAAUGAUAUUGAUACCAUGAAGAAGAACAUGAAUAGUUUAACAAACCGAGAGUACAAGAGAAUGAUUUCUUCAAUGUUGGAUGAUUUCGUCAAUUCAAGGGUUUUAUCGCUGGGUUUCAAAGACUAUAUCCAGCUUACGCAUCUUGCAAUGGAUUACGGAUUGUAUGGCAUGGCUUUCAAGUUACUAAAGUCUGGUAAGAUGAUAUUCCAAGAGAAAAACGGAACAAACUGGAAGUUAUACUAUUUGGCAUCAUUAAAACUCCACACACAGACGUUACAGCUAGAUCAAUUUAUGGCAGUUUUACAAAGCUGGAUUAAAAACAAGGAUGCAUAUGUCAUUACACCAGGUUGUCUAAGAAGAUUGAAGUCCUACAGCAGAUUUUUUAAGAAAAAUUCUGGUAAUAUGGAUAAUUUUGAUGCGGAUAAGCUCAAGGAGCUUGAACAAAAUAUACAAGUGCUCAAGACUAAAUAUCUGGAAAACAAGUACAAAGGCUUAAACGACAUGCAUCGAAUGUGCCAAUUCAUUAAGACUGCAUUAGAUAGAGAUGCCAAAACAAUAACGACUCAGAAUGCAAAUGGUUCAACGUAA